UGUUUGUUCUUGUGCGAGUCUGUGCGUGGGCGUCUCUCUAGGGCCCACCAGGGCCCCCCCGAGACCUGUUCUUGUCCUCCUGCUCAUCGUUGUGCUAUUGAUCGCCCUCCUACUUCUUCUCCGCCUUGCACCGGCGAGUUCUCAUGUGCCAGUCUCACGGUUCGGCUGUGUUGAUGAGACAUUCGGGCGUGAUCUAAUAUUGGGCACCCGACAGGUUGCUGAAGAUAGGUUCCCUGGGCGGUUGGAUUCACAAAAUGCACGCUCGCAGUGCGCGUUGAGAUAACGCGUGCUGGUGAACGGCGGCCGAUGUGGAAUGUUAUGUCGUAUGUAUGCCAGGGGUCUAACCCACCGUGCUGAUUGCUGAUUGUUACAGCCACACGCCAGUGCCCACUCGUUCACCAAUGGGUCCCGCAUGGCAUGAUGUGCAAGCCUGCACGUUGCUAUCAUUCAGAUUUUGCGCAACGCGGUGCGCACCUCCCUCAGUCUUAUCACGCACUUCAGCAUGCAAGUUGCACGUAUCAUACACUUCUGCGCUGUUUCGCCAUCCCUUCAUACUCUCCCCUCGGACCUCACUCUCUCUCUCUCUCUUUCUCACUGCGUCUUCUGCUUACCAGUCUUCUUUGAGCAUGUCCUCUGCUUCGGCGGUAGUUGUUCCAGGCUUUCACUUUACCGGGCGCAAUGGCGGGAGCAAAGUACUUCGUGACCCCCGACUUCAGCACCCUGUUCAAUGGGGAGGUGUGGCAGCGCGCCAUGAUCCAGAUUUUCUACUCCCUGGGAGUCGGCUUUGGGUCCCUCAUCGCCUUCGCCUCCUACGGGAAACAGGAUGACAACUUCGUCGGCAACGCCGUGACUGUAUCCCUCAUCAAUUCUGGUACGUCCAUAUUUGCCGGUUUCGUCGUAUUCCCUAUCCUCGGCUAUCUGGCGCUGGAGAUCAGCGAGGUCAAUCCCUGCGUGAGGUCCGACAACAUAGGCGACCUCAAUAUCAUCGGGCUCACGGGCCCCAGCUUGGCCUUCAUCGCGUUCCCGAUCGCCAUCUCGAGAAUGCCGCUCGCGUACGUCUGGGCGAUCUUAUUCUUUGCCCUUCUGCUUUGCUUGGGCAUCGACUCGGAGUUUGCCAUGGUCGAGAGCGUGAUGACCGUGCUCAAGGAUCGCAACAGCACGCGUGCGGCCAUGAAGUAUCCUACCUGGUAAAGGGUCAGGGGUCCAGUGAGCAGUGGUGCAGACUUGGCUGGAAGAGGAUGAGAGGCCAGACAAGAGCCGAUCUGCAAUCGAGAUUGUGCGUUCUACGUUGCAGUCAAUGGGCUGGUGUAGCACAGCACAAGGGUGCAUCCAGACGAGCCCCCCCCCCUCCCGUCAUUGUCUCCUGGCUUGGCCGGUCGUCCUUUCAUCAGCAGAUGGGCGGCGACAGAAUGUCCAC